CCCUUGCAAACUAAAUUGAACCAAACUUUGGUUGAAUAACUCGCAAAUUUGAUAAUGGUAAUCUUGUGAGCUUUGUUUGAUUUCAUUUUAUUUUUAUUUCUGUUUUACAUUAAAUUAACUCAAAUUUAAAAUAAAUGAUAGAUCUUAAUAACAACUAAUAUACUUUGAUGUUACUAUAUUGUCAAAUUUACAUACAACUUUUUUUUUAUUGGUGACAUAUGUUCACGUGUUAAAGAUGUUUGUUUCGUUGUAAUCCGCUGUUGUAUAAACUAUGGCAAAGAAAAGCACAAAUGAAAAUCGAUAGGACUUCUUUGCGCGCAGAUGUAGUACACCUGCUACGGUGGUACCGUUUUUACAGGUAAGAAGAUGGCGGUAGAACGGUGGCAGUGAUGGUCGAUAGUGCAGGUGUCACUGAUCAAAACGGUUUUUAGUUCGAAUUCAACCGAUACUAUUUGAUUUUUUUAUUUCUUGUACAAUUUGAACGUUUAUUUUCUUUUUCUAUAUCUAUAUUUUUGAAUAAUCGAUGAACGAUGAUCGAUCGAGUAUCAAAGGUGAGCUGUAAAGAGUGCAAUUUCGUUUUUGACUCGGGACAUUGGAUACGCAACAAAAUUGACGUUUCUUUAUUGUAAUUCACAGUUUUGAUUCUCAAUGAUUUAAUUUUGAAAAAAAAAUUUAUCUGUUCGUGUACGAUUUUUUACGAAGUUAAAGAAGAAAUUAACCAUCAACAUAAUCAGCUAGAUAUUAGAAUCUCGUGUAUCUCGACGAUCAGUGCGAGUUUUAAAGAAGAGAAGGCGCUUAUCGCGCAGUUCACGCUUGGGUGAUGAGAGAUGGUGAGAAUGAGGAUAGAGUUGGCCGAGGUUGAGAUACCGAUGGAUGACGGUUCAUCCUCACCAUCGAAUAACAUGGAGGUUGAUGAGUACGGAGUAGAGGCAGAGCUGACGAGUCUUUCGUGGCUGCAAUCGUUAGAUAUCACGAGUGCGUCCGGUUUACCAACGCCACCAUGUUCGCCAUCGCCUCCACCGUUGGUACGAAAACCACCGAAGAAGAUGUCACCUUUGCUUAAGGCCGAAUUAGAUCUUGCGGAAAACGCCGAUAAAUAUCGGACAGAUCCAGACGCAAAACCGCCAUUCUCCUACGCUACGAUUAUAUGCCUCGCAAUGCGUGCGAAUAAUAAUAAGGUGUCCUUGUCGAACAUCUAUGCAUGGAUUCGCGAAAAUUUUUUGUACUACAAAUAUGCUGAUCCAGCUUGGCAGAACUCGAUUCGGCAUAAUUUAUCGUUAAACAAAUGUUUCGUCAAGUUGCCACGUUCGAAAGAUGAGCCGGGAAAAGGUGGCUUUUGGAAACUGGACUUGGAACGUAUGGAAGAGGGUAAAAGAACGAGACGACGUGCUUCGACAACUCAACGUAAUCGAGGAUCGAGGAGACAACACAACACUACAAAUUCAACGACGACGUCGACAUCGAUGACGUUGUCUUCUACCUCAAUAAACAACCAUUCGUUGCAAAACAGUUGUGUACCACCUACCACUUGUCUUUCCGCCCUUUAUGAAACACCACCGAGCAGCGUUUCACCUCCGAUACCGGACACACUCUCGGAAGUACCUGAAUCAACGCAAGUUAAUCUCACCGAAGAUGAUCUCACGGGUCUAUUGAUCGCCACAGCAGGUUGGGAUGAGAAUCAGUUGGAUCUCUUAGAUUCUCUUUUGGAUACUCUUUAAAUAUUUUUCUAUCGCUUGUUUCUCUUCAAAGAAUUCAGAAAUAAGUUGAUUAAAAAUCAUCCGUGAUAAGUUAUUAAUUUUUUGGAGAUUUUUGAAAUUUCUUCUACUUGAUCUUUUUUAAAUUUUAUUUACUCGAGUAAACAGCAAUUGCGAUUCUUGUUCGUAAACGAUUUUAUUUCAUGUAUUAUUAGUAAUCGAUCGACUCAUAAAAAACUUUAAUACCGUCUAUUAUAAAUAUAUCAAUGUCGUGUGAAAAAAAUCAAAUAAAUGUUGAACUUGUAUCGAAGCGAUGGGAGAACGAACCAAUGAUGAAUACUUCUGCAUUAUUUGAUAUUUUCUCACAUGUGAAGCAUAAAAUUAUAGAAUUAAAUUACGUUAAUUACAUAUGAAAAUGAUAAAAUAUUUUCGUUGUGUUCUGACGAUAUUAACAGGAGAAUUCGAUUUCUUUCAUUCUACCUUCAUAUUUAAUUCAACAAACGAACAAGGCGGCUGUAAAUAAUGAGAUAUUUAUCUAUUAUUCAAAACUCGAAAAUAGUAUUUCGAUUUUGAAUUAACUCAACAACAGUUGGUGAAGUACGAGUCACAAGUAUAGAAGGUGUCUCAUUUAAUUCGAUCAUUUAAUAAUUUUUCUAUAAAAAAAUAUAUUAAUUUCUUCGUUGAAGAAUUUUGCAUAUUGCUCUUUUAAGAUAAAACAAGCAACAAAAUUUUAGUUGAUGUAAUUAAGUGAGACACGCCGUAUAUAUGAUCUUUGUUUCAAAUCAUCAACAUAUUACGAGAGCGAUUUGUAUUUUAUACGCUCGGAUAGAUAAGUUUAUUCGUUAUAUAUUUGCACUAUAAUCAUUAGUUAUAUUUAUUCUUACAACGAACGAUAGUAAUUAAUAAUUAUGACUAAUACGUGUGAAAAUAAAGGGGUUAUACCUUUUUGUGACGCAGCGAUUCACGCAUCGUGCCUUCGGCUAAUUAGCGAAUGCUCUUUUGUAAUCAUGUUUGAGCAACGUUUGCCUUUUUGUAAAACAAUAACACGACGAGACGAAAAAUUCGAGUUUCGAAUUGAUCGAAUAGCUCGAGAGAUAUCGUCUUUAUCUUCUUAAAUAUAAUACUGAAAAGAAAAAGAAAGUAAUAAUAAGAAUAAUUAUAAUAAUCUUUCAAUCGCGAAAUCGAUGUUGAAAGUAGUAUCAUUUGUGCAAAAUACAUUUCUAACGAUGGAUUCCGUAUAAAACUAUUAUUCGUGUUAGUAAAAAUGAUAGAGUGUAGCACCCUCCCUUUAAAUACGCGAUGCCAUAAUAUGGCAAUAAACAUUACGAAGAAAUCGAUUGUAUUACGCGAACGUGGAAAAAAUAUAUAUAUAAUUAUACUUUCAAUUUUACGCUAUCUCUUCCUUUUUACGUUUUACAUUUUAAUUCUAGAUGAUAAUUCUUGGAUCGAUUUUAAACGCGUUCGAUAAACGUAGUACUACUUUUUUAUUUUUUGCAUGAUUUUAUCUUUGUUAUAAAAGACUUUAAUUAUAUUUAAUUACAUUGGAAUGAUCUAGUAUUAUGUUGGAAUGAAAUUUAUAUCGAUUUUUUAUUAAUUCGUUAAUAUGCCAUUUAGCAUGGCCGUAGGUUCUCUUCUUUUCUUUUCUUUUAAAAUAUGGUACAUUAGCUUCGAAUAUAAAAAGGAAAAAUAUUUUGUUACACUCUCAGGAAACGAUGAAUUUUUUCUUGUUAGUAUAUAAAUACUUUAAGAGGAUGUCAUUUAUAAAAUAAAAAAAAAUAUAAAUUUGAGAUUCUACAACUAGCGGACCAGAUAUAGAACUUGCAUUAAACGAUAUGUCUCUUGUAAAAUAGGUUUCACCAUUAAUCCUUUUUGCGUGGAGUGCACAAUUGUAAUUUGCAAUGGUAAAACAAUUUUAAGAGUAAUAUAAAGUUCCAUAUCGAAGAGUCUAUCGUAACAUUAUGAUUCGUACCUUGUCUUAAUCCGUCCAAAGUAAGGAUUAAACAAUUAUCUUAAUAAUUGUGAAUAAAAUAACGAACUGUAGUUCACUCUUUCAAAAUAUCGUCAGCGAACGUAACAACAACGUAACAAUGUAAUGAUACAUUCUCAAAAAUAUUGACGUCUGUGUCAGCCUAUUAUUUAUAAUAUUACGUUAUAAUUUGUAUUAUAUGUAUGUUAGAUGUACGACUUGUCCAAAGACAACUGUGAAAGUGCAUCUUGAGAAUCGGAUGUUCGUGGAUUUUGAAGAAGUAAAAAAAGAAAUAAAAUACAUUUCUAUGAAUUGUUCGCCGCCAUUUUAAAAGACAUUUUAAAAAUAUGAUUUCCACUGGUUUUAAAUCUAGACGUGUAUAAUGUAUAUUAUAUUUUUAGUGGAAUAUAAUAAUUUAUUAAUAGAACUACAGACGAUAUUCCGUAGAGAUCGUAGUCUUUACAUAAAGUAUUAUUGUGUGAAUUGGCGCCACUUUUGAAACUGAUAAAACUAAUUCUUGUAUAAUUUUGCGUGUAGUAAUCUAUAAAUAUUAUAACGCUAAACCGUUUCGUUCUUCGUACAUUUUGUUAGUAUUCACAAAGUAGCUUUUCUCACCGAUUCUCGACUGUGUAGUUUUAGAAUCGAUUAAAAGAAUUACAAAAAGAUUGGGAAAAAUCAUUUAUUUAUUGGCGAUGAUUUUUCUUAACGAUCGAUACGGAUAAAUUUUCAUGGAUUUGCAUGUGCCUUCGAAGAAACUGCAGUUAUUCACUUCGGCUAGAUAUCGAGAAUAAUUAAACAUAUUGUAUAGACGCCGGGUGCAGAGUGUGGUUGUCUCCAUCAUUUGUAUUGAUAAUAUAUUAAAUCUGUAAUAUUGCGAAAUAUACUUUAGAAAAUAUA